UAAAACUCCAAAAUGGCUGCGCCCAUGAAAAUACCAUCGCAUCACAUCAAAGCAACAGUCGCUGAAAAUAGACCUGCUUACAGAGAAGGUAGAUUGCCAAAGGCCACAAAGGUGUAUACAGUGAAUCAGGAAUCAGCAUAUCUGCUUGUACAGGGGGUACCAGCUCUGGGAACCAGCCAAGAACUAAUCAAGUUGUUUGCUGUGUAUGGCGCUGUAGAGGAAUACAGAGUUUUGGAUGAGUUUCCAUCUGCUGACAAGUACACAGAUGUUUAUCUUGUCAAGUUUCAAAAAAUCCAGGCAGCAAGGUUUGCCAAGAGGAAGUUGGAUGAUUUUUCAUUUUAUGGAGGUGUGAUACAUGUUAGUUAUGCUCCUGAGUUUGAGAGUGUUGAGGAAACAAGACAAAAACUACAAGACAGACGAAGGACUGUAGCAUCCAGGAUAAGGAUUUCCGGAAAAGAAGCAGUAAAGAAAAAUUCUGAAAGAAAUACAUCCUCAGCUGAUGAGAGAGAUCAUAAAGAUAUUUCUGAGUUCCAGCAUACACAACCAGUGGUUCCUGAAAGUGCUGUAUUACCAGUCCAUUAUGAGGCUGGUCCACAAAUUUCACAGUUGCAUUUUCAAACAGAAUCUGAUCAGCAGAUUACAAAACCAGAACAACUGUAUCUUCUUCCACCUCCCCCAAAGCAAGACUAUAGUUCUAGAUUUAAACAUGAUUCACAGAGAAUGAGGAACUAUGAAUUUGCUAGGGUGCCAUCUGCACAUGCUACACUGCCAAAAGCGAUUCAAGAAAGCUACAAAGCAGAUUUUCAACAGGCAUGUAUCAGCUGCGACAAGAAGCAAGAGAUAGUGAGAAGUGAUCCAGAGGUGGCUACAGCACAGAGAGUACAGGGUGAUACAAACAUUAACAAACAAAACGAAGUUAGAACUGUCAAUGGAUUAAUCAUAAAAAAUACUCCAACACUAAAAUCAACUCCAAAAUUUAUACCAAGACAAACUCUAAACAUUACCAAAACUCAGAUAAAGCCAGAAAAAGAAGACAGUGUACCCAGUGAUAUUGUCAAGUCAGAAUUACAGAGGAAUGCUUUUGUGCUUGGGAAAAGACAGGGACCAGAGCUGAAGGUAGAGGGAGAGAAAAAAAUGAGUACUGAGGAGGAGUCUGUCAAAAAUACUGUCUCACAGAUCAGGAAAAGAGUUCAGGAGGUUUUUGAGCCCAGCCUGUAUGAAAAGAAACAAAAGCAAAGGAAAUCUGAUACAGAACAACCAGUAUAAACUAAAUAAAACAUUAUACCCCAUGCAAA